CCAGUGAUAGUGGUUUCUAGUUUGAGACUUGUUAGACGGCCUUGCACGAUCCACGCAGUCGAAAACACACAUUCUUCCUACAAAAAAAUACAAUAACAUUAUUUUAUGUUUUCUGUGUUUUUCAAAUCAACUGAAAACGUUCGGGUGCAUUUCAAGGGAUUCAGGAGCUAGAGGAAUAUUAAAUGUGCAGGGAAUAGAAAGAAAUGGUUGGGGCCAACAAAACGUGAAACUUGUGAAGUGUUAUAUUUUGAGCAGAUGAAGGAGAAACGUUGUAGCAGUAUAAAGCAUACAAAGUAUCAAGUAAAACAAGCUGUGACAAAGGAUCAUACAACAUAUACGGAUAUGGAAUCACAAAACAAGCCAAGAAACUCUAAACAAAGACUAACGAUACCACCAUCUUCAAUGAGUAAAGCUUUGAACAAGAGACAAAAUACGAUUUGUAGCAUGCAAUUUGCAAUCAUGGCAACCAGUUGUUUUCUCAGUUAUUUAAGCUACAACAUUACGCUCUUGAGAAGACGUCCUCUAAAAUGGAGUGGUGUUUAUACGAUGUUUUAUAAGGGAUUCAUUUUAACAUGCGCAGUAAGCGUUAUAGAAGCACAAAGCUCGAGUGUACAGUCAAGUAGUGUCAUUGGUCCUUCUAACACUACAAAUACAGUCAUAUUGACAARGUCCACUCCUUUCAUACAAAACAUGACAUCGCUUCAUAUAACGCCUUCGAGCAUAAUGCACAGCGUCAAUACAAGUGUAAAUCCAAGCCCGACGCUGAYUCAAUCAUCGAGUCUUACGUCGAGCAGUGACGUUAAUUUGACGKCUUCGAGAAGUGUGGUAAAUAUGACGUCAAUUUAUAACGUCAUGACUUCGCCUUCUGUGAAUACAAUAAUGACGUCAUCUGUUGAAACAUCGCAUUCUACAAGUCUAUCGACGAGUUCGUCAGCAUACCACGUGAACGGGACAUCAGUCAUUGACGUGGUGUCAUCAGCAUCAUACAGUGUGUCAUCAUCUACUGCUAUGAUACAAGAAAAUCGAUCAACAACAAUGGUGAAUGCAUCUACAGUUGUUUCCGAACCAGAUCCAACAUCAGUGACGACGMUAGCCAUCAACUCUUCGACACCAGCAAUGGCUGAUUCAACGGUAACAGACAUCCAUGGUAUAAACAUGACAUCUACUUCCGUGGUUUUAAGUACUUUAACGACAACACCCAUCAUUGCAUCAUUUGUAAACGAAACAAUGUCGGUAACACCAGUCCACUUAACAUCAAGUGUUUAUCRGACUGCGACAACGGCYUUUGUUACUGCUACYACAUCAAUGACUUACAAUAAUGCUUCUUCUYAAACGAUAAAAAUGAACAUAAGCACUCCCAGCUCGACGAUAUUAAAUCAAGUAUCAUCGAGUUACGUAAAUACCUCUUCUGUCAUUGUACGAAUGAAUGCGACCACGCCAACUUCGACUAUGAGCGGUGUAUCAACGAGCUACAUCAAUGCUUCAUCUGCCACGGUCCAAAUGAACGCAUCUACGCCCAGUUCAACGAUUUUAAGUGUUGUAUCCACGAGCUACACAAAUGCUUCAUCUGUCACUGCAAAAAUUAACGCGACCGCGCCCACUUGGACAAUGUCGAGUGUCGUAUCCACGAGUUAUACCAAUGCAUCCUCUGUCACUGCAAAAAUCAACG